AUCACAAAUCUUUUCUCUUGCCAGAUAUUUUCAUCUUCCCUUCCCCUCUUAAACACAAAUCUUACAAAUCAUCUCUUCCACGUUACACAUUACGUUUCUGCCUCCAUCUUUUUCCUCUUCAAUAUCUUCCCCUUUUUCCCUCUUUAAUUUCUCAAAUUUUCGUAACCGUAUUUACCUAUGGUUUAACAGAAUUUAUAACUUGGAUGCGUGUACCUGUCAGUUUAGGUACAAUCUCUGUUUUGGCAUCAAUUUUUGGGAAUUUGGCUCUGAGUUAGAGACAACCAAAAACGGGUAUGGAUCGAGAAGGAGGAUCCGCCGGAUCUUGUUACUAUUCAGUGCUUGGGAUUCGUAAGAAUGCCUCCUGCUCCGACAUUCGCUCAGCUUAUCGGAAGCUAGCUCUGAAAUGGCACCCGGAUAGGUGGGCAAAGAAUCCGUCGGUAGCGGCAGAAGCGAAACGCCGGUUUCAGAAAAUCCAAGAGGCUUACUCAGUUCUCUCCGAUGAAGACAAGAGGUCAAUGUACGACGCCGGUUUCCUUGAUCUGCUUGAGGAAGACGAAGGAAUGGGUGAUUUCCUGCACGAUUUGAUGAACAGAAUGGAUCAAAAUGUUGGGGCGGCGGAGGAGAGUAUGGAGGAUUUGCAGAGGACGUUCGUCGAAAUGUUCGGUGGAGAUUUAGCAAAGAUGAUGAAUGAUGAAAAUCCAACGGUGAAGAAGAGGGCACGUGAUUCAGGUUCCAACAUAAGAGCUGCUCCAAAACGCAACACCACUAAUGCCAAUGCCAAUGCCACCUCUUAUCACUGUUAAUUUUUAUCAAACAAUAGUGAAGUGGUCCCUACCCAGCCCCUCAUUGAAUUACCUGUACAACCCUUUUGGUGUUUGAUUUAGUCUGGAUUACACGAAUCAGGAAGGAAUUUAACUAGUUUAUUGAGGGUAGAUUUGGCAAGUCAAAAAGUUGUUUGGUGGCUCCCCAACUUUGAAAAAGUGUAUCCAAAUCAGGGGGCUGUUGAAUUGCGUAAUUAAAGCUUCUCUUUGGUUAAAUAUC